AUGAUUUGUUUCAUAUCAGCGCGGCCUGUGGGUUACCACCUUAGUGCUGCUGAACAAUCCCACGACGAAUCGGAUACCACAAGCAGUCUGUUACCAGAAGUAAUUACAACUCUCAUGCCAGAAGUACCUGUACAGAGCACCGCUUUACCUCUGCAAAAAGAACAUUCUUCUCCACCAGCGACAACUGAUAAUUCGUUGUCCAAAAAACUCAUGAACAAAAUACUGUCAACCGGUCGUGCCACCACCAGAAAACCUCAUCGCUGUGACGAUCACUGCAAGAUCAGCUGCUCACAAGUCUCCACAGAGGCAUUGGACUAUUAUGAUAGUUGCCGAAACCAAGACAAGUAUGAAACACGAGCAAUGGAAUAUUUUCAAACAGGAUGUUUCAUUAAUGGAAAAAGAACAGGUGAAUUGUACGAGAAAAGGGAAAUCAAAUCAAAUGAUUGUGAAAUAAGCUGUGCAAUAGAUAUGGCGACUAUGGAGAUGAUCGGAAGAACCGCUUUGGGUGUAAAAUUUAAUGCACAAAAAAACGCCAAACACGUAUUUGCGGAGAAUUUACAUGUCAUCCAAAAGAUUUGUGAAUACCGUGUAACACACCCGUGGUUUCUGAAUAACAGUCUGUUUCAGUUGUCGACGUUUAAACGCAAACAUGACAUUAGUCAAAGUAAAAUCUACAAUUUUAUCGAAGAUUUAGCCGAGAGAUUAAAUACAGAAUGGAUAAACAAUAAUACACACAACCAAGGAGAACAUGACGAAGAGUGUAUUGACCUUAAAUCUAAAUCGUUUAUUGAGAUACUGCUCGAAAAUGGACAUCAGAUGACAUUUAAGCAACUACGGGAUGAAAUAAUAACUGUUAUAUUUGCGGGUCAAGACACGACAGCUUUUACGAAUGCAUGUGCAAUAUUUAUGUUGGCUCAUCAUCAGGAUGUACAAAAUAAAGUGUUGGAAGAAUUAUUGGCAAUAUUUUCUGCUGGCGACCCAGAUCGACAACCUACCUAUGAGGAUUUACAGAAGAUGCAAUACUUGGAACGUGUAAUCAAAGAAACUCUGAGACUAUAUACCGUUACUCCCUUGUUUGCCAGAAAAGUCGAAAAGGAAACAAUGAUUGAAGGCUAUUUAAUCCCUGAAGGUACGGCCGUAGACAAAUUCGUUUGA